UCAUCUGGAGAGAAAUGGAAGAAGCCUGCAGCACACUGUCUCAGGUCCGGAGCCUGGUGGACAAGUCUCCUCAGUCGGAUGUGUCCCCAGCAUACUACAGAUCAACAUCUCUUGAGAGUAAGGAAAACAGAGAAGACACAUGGGAUUCUCAGAAGUGGCUCCAGAAAUAUGGCUUGAAGGCUCAGAAGCUGACCUUUUAUGAUGUCCUUGCUGACUGCUCCUUCCGCCAUGCUGAUGGAGUUGUUGAUAUAAAAGGCAAGCCAGAAGAUGAGUCUCUGCAGACCAGCGCGGAUACCAAUAGGAAGACAGUUCAUGCCAAAUACUGCAGCCGAUUCAUCCAUGUCCCCUGGAAGGAUGGGACCUUGGUCCACGUCAACAUUACCAAGGAGAAGUGCAAAUGGUACAGUGAGAGAGUUCACAUAGCCCUGGCCAGGAUCCAGAGGAGGAUUAAGUGGCUACAAGAUGGGAGUCGAGUCCUCUUUGGAAAAGUGAGUGGAGAUUUUAUCUAUGUCCUCAUUGACACGUCACACUCAAUGAAGAGCAAACUGGACCUGGUGAAGGAUAAGAUCAUUCGGCUCAUACAGGAACAGCUGAGAUACAAGAGCAAAUUCAAUUUUGUGACGUUUGAUGGUCAGGCAAUUGCUUGGCGGGAAAAACUUGCUGAAAUCAAUGAAGAUAAUUUGGAACAGGCUGAGUCGUGGAUUAGAGACAUUAAGGUUGGAAGUUCCACAAAUACCCUGAACGCCCUGAAAAUUGCUUUUGCUGAUAAAGAAACACAAGCCAUCUACCUUUUGACAGAUGGGAGACCUGAUCAGCCACCAGAAAUGGUGAUGGACCACGUCAAACUUUUCCAGAACAUUCCCAUCUAUGCCAUUUCCUUCAAUUACAAUGACGAGGCUGCAAACGAGUUCUUGAAGGAGCUUGCGGCUCUGACUGGAGGAGAGUUCCGUGCUUAUGAUUUUGGUUGCAAGGAUCCCGUCAUUCAGGAUGUUGAGGAUGUUCAGGAUGAAGACGUGAACCUUUUGGUUCAGGAAAUGCGGCAGGGCUACAGCGACCUGGAGAAGAUGCAGGAGCUUUACUCAGAGACCUUAGUCAUGGACUGGUGGUACAACGGAGAAAAGGAAGGGGACAGCAAGCAUCAAAAGGAAAUCUCCUCCAUGGUUUCAAGCCCAGAAAAAUGUGCAAACUCUCAAUCGGAUGCUGACUUAAAGGCUGUGUCGCCUCCAAAAGUGUUUAAAGGACCGCGGAAGACACAGAAAAAGAAAGUCCUCCAUGCAGAAUCAACCAAAACGAGCCUACUCAGAAGCUACAUAUCCAUCCUCAAGAGCCGCAGUGACAUGAAGGACAACUCCAACUCCAGCAGCUGCAUGACUACUGCUCUGAGUGACAGAGAAAGGAGCAUCCUGCUGAUGAAUAAGCGCCUGGAUGACAAACCGUCAGAGAGACUCACUGAAAACAGAAGCCAAGUUCACGACCACACCUCUGCAGACAUGUCCUCUGAAAACUGGCUCCAAACCCAUGGCCUGGUGGCCAAGAAGCUCACCAUCAUGGACGCCUUGGCUGGGACUGUAGUGCCCCGAAGAACCACCUAUGUUCCCAUUCUGAAUAAGCACGUUGUCUCCAAGGUCUUUAAUGAGGUGUCCCCUCUGGCACACAUGUGCGAUGACACCAGUAGGAUGGUACUAAUUAACCCCCAGGGAGUCAAAUUCAAUACCUACAAGCAAAAUGUGGAACAGGCCAUCAAAUCCUAUGAAAAACGCUUAAAUAAAAUUGUCUGGCAAGCUCUGUCUGAAGAGGAAAAAGAGAAGUUGGAUGCAAACAAACCCAUACAAUACUUGGAACACAAGGCAGUUUUAAACAAAGCCCUGGAACGGCUGAAUUGGCCCAUUUCGUUGAAAGAGCUAUCCAUGCUGGAGAAUGAAAUCUUGGUUGGGAAAAUGUACAUCCAGCAAGCUAUGGAGCUCCAGGAGGCCAUCAGGAAGAACUGCACCAGCAAGGCCUUGGAGGAGGAGCAGAAAUUACAAGGGUGUCCAACAAAGAAAGUCAGAUCAAGAAAAGUAGAUCCCCUCAGAGGUCAGAAGGUCAUUGCCAGAUGUGAGGAGAAUGGCUUCUAUUUUCCAGGGGUGGUGAAGAAAUGUGUGAGCCCCACCCACGCGCUGGUAGACUUCAAGUAUGGAGAAACCACGAUUGUGCCCAUCUCCUUCAUCACACCCGUUGGGGGCGCCAUGCCCUGCCCACAACUUCAGGUUGGGGAUUAUGUGUUUGCCAAAAUCGUGACAAACAAAGGAUUUGACUUCUAUGUCCCUGCCAUUGUCAUAGCUCUUCCGAAUCAGAGUGUGCCUUCAGAAAAACUCUAUACAGUGUUGAAGUGUAACAACCGCAGAGAAUUUUGCCCUCGGAGUGCACUUAUAAAGAUCAGCCAAAACAAGUAUGCUCUCUCUUGCUCUCAGAUAAAAGCCUUCCCAGCUGAGAAGGACCGAGCUGUGUGA